UUAACGUCAGCCUUCCUCCACCUUCCAAGGCAAAGGUAGUAGUCAAUCUCCUUGGGCUGACUGGAUAGUUGAUUUAGUCAAUGAUAUUGCAGAAAUGGGCUCGUAAAGAACGAUCAUCUGGACCUGAGUGCUCGGUUGCAGAACUUGAAGCUGUAACAAUCAAACCAGAAACCCCCGAACCUUCAAUUUCGUCAAGUAGCGUCAAGCUACCAUCCGUUCGGGAGAGAUCACGAUCGUCGAGCCCGAAACCUUCAAUCGGAGAAUCGACUGCUCCAACAUCAUCAAAUUUGGCUAAGCAGGAUACGAGAGAUUCAUCAACUUCGGGCAAGGAUGAGAUGUGCAGGGAUUGGCUUGCUGGUGUCUGUACCCGCACGCGGUGCUCCCGUGCUCAUAAACGAAUACCGAGUAAUCUCACUUGUCACCGUUGGCUUCGUGGGGAGUGUAGUCGGUCGUCGUGUCUUUUCAUGCACGAGCAUCAGAGUUCCGAUGGUUCCGUCAGGAAUCAACCACCUGUUCAAAACAGCGAUCCUUGAGACUUCGAAAUAUGCCCUCUACUGCAAGCCAACUGGAACCAAAUCUAAGAGCACUUCGAGUGAGACUUCACACGAAUACCACCUAUUCAGUCCUUUUUUUUUUUUUUUUUAA